AUGGAAUCUUGGCCAAGCUGGGGGCCUCCCUGCUGGAACAAGUUCCCUACAGCCAAUGUCCUGAUGCUGGCACUGUGUAUCCUCCUCUUGAGUUCCCUGAGUCAUGUCCCUGCCCAGCCCCAGUGCAGAGAAGAGGAGUACCCUGUGGCUGCCGAGUGCUGCCCCAAGUGCAGCGCAGGUUACCAUGUGAAGCAGGUCUGCAGUGAGCUGACGGGCACAGUGUGCAUCCCCUGUCCCCCAAAGACCUAUACUGCCCACCCAAAUGGCUUGAGCCAGUGCCUGCCCUGUGGAGACUGUGAUCCAGACAUGGGCAUGGUCACUUGGCAGAAUUGUUCCAGCACACAGGACACUGUAUGUCACUGCAGCCAAGGCUACUUCUGUGAUAUUGAGGAAGGGAACCACUGUGUCUUGUGCUUGCCCCACACUACCUGCCCUCCAGGCCAGAGGGUGCUGAAGAGAGGUACUUACAGCCAGAACACAGUGUGUGCCAACUGCCUCUUGGGCACCUUUUCAUCAGGAGGGACCCAGGAGAAGUGUCUACCAUGGACCAAGUGCCAGCAGUGGUUCCAGAAAGAAACAGAACGUGGAACCCGCAGUACAGAUGUCACCUGCUCCUUCUCAUGGGGCUUUUACUUUACCUUGGCCAGCCUUGGUGCUAUCACAGCUUUCAUGAUAUUCUGCUUGUGGAAGCAAAGAAGGGUUUCCAGCCGCGUGACCUUGGCAUCAGUGACUCUGCAGCAGAACAGACAGGAUAAAGCCCACAAGUUUUCAGUUGCUGAGGACAUCCCCACUGAGGCUGUGGAGGAGACAGCUCUCAACAGCUGA